AAGAUGAAGUUUACUGUGGAGCACAUCAAAGAAGCAUUUGAUUCUGGUGAUGUUGGAGAACAAUGACAAACCAAGUAUUUGCUUGAAAGCUAUAAAGUAAAUGUGCCAGUUAACGACCGAGUCAAGAAGUCAAAAUCAGUCAGUUUUUGAUAACAAUUCCUUUCUUGAUUGUGAAGAGUUUUCAUAACAGUAUUUCAUAUGUAGGCAGCUUUGAAACAUGACAUACAAAUUAAAUUAUACGAACGAAUUGAAAUGGAACUACGAUUUUCUAAGGGAGAAGUGUAAAGAGGUGGGCAUAGAAGAAGAAUUCGAUGAGCACCAGUUCCGUAUUUCCGUCAACUACAUAAGCGUGUUUCAGGUGUUGCAUUUGUUUUUCAUGAUACUUCAUUGCAGUCUCUUGUUGGCAACAUGCGCGCAGCUGGACCUAAUAUACAUUGAUGUCAGCUGCUAUACGUUAUCGACUGUGGUCGCUAUUGCAGUAAUGUGGACCAAUGUGAAGGUAAAAAGUAUAGCCACACUUAAGUGGUUGACGUACGUAACAUCGGGGAUUGUCGCAAUGAUGAUAGUUUUCGUUGAUCUAAUGAUUAAUUAUUACCAUUUGCAUGCCCAUCAAUGGGUUUUGACGCCCGUGUAUGACAUAUAUGUUAUACUUAUGAUCUAUAUUUUCUUUCCUAUUCCUUACCUAUUUCCUGCGAUGGGGCUAGCAGUUCUUGUGUCUUCGAUGUACGCUGGCUACUUUGUGUUCUAUCUAGAUACUAAGUAUCAUUACCGAUUAGGCAAUGUGACACAUUUUACCCAAGCUAUUGUAGUUUUGAGCAAUUAUAUUGGAUUGAAUGUGAUCGGUACCGGAUUUCGAUUAAUGCGCGAGAUUGUUGGCCGCGCCUCGUUCCUCGAUCGACAUCAAUACGUGAUGGAGGAUAUUGCGCUAAGGAGCGCUCGUGCGAAGGAAAGGAUUUUACUUCAUAGCAUAUUACCGCCUCAAAUUGCUCAGCCUAUUCAAGAGGAAAUUCGAAAUCGGAUCAAGCUCUCGCAGAAGCAUCACGAUAUCCUCGAUUGCAAUAGAAGAGGUUUUAUUAUAGCCAUUCAAAUGCAUCCCGAUGUCAGUAUUCUGUAUGCAGAUAUUGUUAACUACACCCACUUGACCACAACUCUAUCAGUUAAGAAGCUGGUCACUCUGUUGCACGAGUUGUAUGCCAGAUUUGACAAUGCUGCCUUUCGCUAUUCGGUGCAACGAAUCAAGUUCUUGGGCGACUGCUACUACUGUGUGGCGGGCUUGACAAAACCAGAUCCCUUUCAUGCCAAAUGCUGCGUCAACCUGGGACUCUGUAUGAUCGACAUUAUUCGCGAAAUGCGAGCCGUGGUAAAGAUUGACAUAGACAUACGUGUUGGAGUGCAUUCGGGAUGUGUGUUUGCGGGAGUUCUUGGGGCAGCGAAACUGCAAUAUGACAUUUGGGGUACUGAUGUAUUAAUAGCGAACCGGUUGGAGGCGACCGGAAUGCCUGGUCAAAUUCAUGUUAGCGAAAGAACUCUCGAAAUGACGAACAAUCGGUAUCAAGCAUAUCCUGGAACGAAGGCUGCGCGUGAUGAUGCCUAUCUUCAAAGGUGCAACAUUAUCACAUUCCUUAUAGUGGAUAUUGAAAACAAUAACCAAUUCGAAUUGGAUAAACGCGAAUCCUUGGUUUCGGUCUCCACAACAGAAGAGAUUCGCGAAGGUACUGCUGAACUAUUGUUACAUGAGGAGUUGCAAAAAAUGCCGCUUGGUCCCAAAGGUAUUAAAGACGCCAUCCUUGAAAUGUUUAGUGCUAACAAGCACAGAGAAUCGCCAAGUUCCAUCAAUCUAGAAAUUGAAACGCUACUCUUACAUUUUCGCGAUCCUCGGCUAGAAUAUAAGUACAUACAUCAGCCCGACUACAUGUUGAAGUUCAGUGUACUUCAAGCCUGGUGUUGCUUUAUGGGCCUCUCCUACCUGCAACUUGUCUAUGACCAUGACGAGGUUGAGAUGUCUUAUUUUAUAAAUAUUCCUGUGAUGUUAGCGUUAUCCCUGCUAUUGAUUUUAACUUGGUACAAGAGGAUCUGCAUUUGGUGGAACUCCAGCACCAACCAAAAACCCUCCAAUUUCAGCAACGCUGUAAUUAAAAUCGGAGAAAAUAUGCAGCGUAGUCUCAUUCAACGCAUAUGCAUCUAUAUGUUAAUCAUGGCAGGGUACUGCUGUAUUAUAUCUAUUAUACUGAGUGAUUGCAACAAAGAAGAAUUCCAACUGGCGCACAUUGAUAGCAUGCUGUACCAUUAUGAGGUGGAGAAUUUAAUGUGUUUCUCUCCGUGGUCAGUCACCUAUAUGGUGUGCCUUAUAAUAACCAAUAGCAUAAUAUUUACACGCAUUCCGUUCGUUUUGAGAAUUAUAGUUAGCGUUCUGGUGUGCAUUACCUAUUUAAGCGUUAUGAUUCAUCAUUUUGAGUACUUAGUUCACAUUAGCUUGACAACCAAUCCUUAUUUGAAACCUGAAAUCGCUCACUGCCUCAUGAUCCUAUCGACUAUGUUUACGGUAUAUUUCAAAGAACGACAGGCUGAGUUUAAUAACAAAAUCAAUUACAAAUGGAGAGAAGAACUGCUAAAGAAGCAGGAAGAUGCCCGCUUAGCCGAUCAGUCUAUAAUUAUUCUACUGCAUAACAUUUUACCGGCUCAUGUUGCAAACGUCUAUCUGACCCGAAUAUCCAAAGACGAGCUUUACUAUGAGGACUAUAAAAUGGUGGGCGUCAUGUUCGCUUCCCUACAAGACUUUGAGUUGACCUUGCCUAACUUACGUAUUCUCAAUGAAAUUAUUUCCGAAUUUGACCGAAUCUUGAAUUUUUAUAGAAACGAUAGUCUAGUAGAAAAGAUCAAAAUUGUGGGCUGCACAUAUAUGGCAGCCUGUGGGUUGGACAUACGCUUCUCGUCGCUCAUAAGUGAAAACCACCAUAGGAGCGACUCUAUUGUCCAGGAGGUGCUCCGCGCACGUCGCUCGCUGGCGUCCUUCGAAAAGAAUAAUGCCCAAAGCGAGAAUAAUGAUGAGGUGGUAUUUGUGAUAACUACCUUUGCAUUAGACCUGAUGCGAACGCUGUGGGUAUGCAACAAUGAUUAUAAGAACUUCCCAAUUGAUCGUGUGAUAUUUAACGCCAAUAUGAGCGUUGGGAUAUCUAGUGGAGAGGUGAUGGCUGGGGUGGUGGGCGCCUCGCAGGUACACUACGAUAUUUGGGGAAAUGCUGUUAAUGUAGCCUCUCGGAUGGACUCCACUGGCGUCCCUGGGGAAAUACAAGUGACCGAGGAGACGGCCAAUAUACUGCGCAAAUUUGGUCUGUUGUGUAACUACCGCGGGUUGACAUUUGUCAAGGGGAUCGGCAUGCUGCCGACCUAUUUUGUAGCCAUCGACAGUAACUACGAAUUCAAAUAUAUCCAGGAGAAUGCUUCGGAACAUUCUGCGUCAACCACCUCCGUAGAUUAAUCAAAUCUGUUUGAUAUAGGAAGCUGCCCAGAUGUUUCAACAACUCCAGUAUUGUUAUACCCUGAACCCAUUGAAAAUUAGAUAUUAGGAUAUAAUUCCGUUGUCCGAAGACGCAUCGAUCUCAGCUCCUCAAAGAGCUAGAUUUCAAUUAUUUAUC